CAUUAUUUCAAUUUGAAAUUGUAGACUCUGCGAUCGAUAAGACGAAUUACGUACAUAUGUUUAUGCGCUAAACGCUAUUUACAUACGUAGAGGGAAAAAGUGUAAACUUGUUUGUUUUAACUUCAUACAAUUCAUAUAAUUCUAUGUCAUUUAUCGUUUAUUUGCAAUAUCAACAAAAUUUAGAAAGAAUAUAUUUUGUUUAUCUUUCAUAACAAGUAGAAUGACUCGUAGUUGAAUAUUACCAAGUCAAAGAACGAUAAGAAUCUUCGAUUAUAAAACUCUUAUUAAAAAGUUAUCGUUUUUAUAAUCAUUGAUGUUUCGAGUUUAUUAAUGAAGAAAUAUUGUCGAUCGAUUUCGUUAUAUCGAAAAUUUAAAUGUUUUACGCUAACGGUUAAUAAUAAAGUUUAAUCGAAUCGAAAUGGUGAAAAAAUGUGGUAUUGUGUGGAACUAUUACAACAAAAAAGUGGAUGGCUCUCAAGUCAUCGCUUUUUGUAAAUUUUGUGAUCAUUCAUAUAUACAAAACGCAGCGCGUAUGGAAAGACAUUUGGAACGUUGUCUAAAGUGUCCAGUAGAGGUUAGACGACAAUUUAUACAAUUAAGAAACGAUAAGAGAAACAAAACAAAUAUUCUUGAUAUUAAAAUUAAUGACAAGCAACGAAAGCAAGAAUCUUCGUUAGAACAUGUUACCGACAUGGAAUUGGAAGAUCUAGAUGAUUGGCAUUAUAAAAAUCGGUAUUACAUAGAUGAAAUAUCAGAAACGAUUCAACAGUGCGAUGCAAAAAUGGUGAUAGAUUCUAAGGAUAAAUCACGGACAAGCCACGAUCCUAAUGUUCAAAGUAUCAAAGGUGAUAGAAAUGCGACAAUAAGAACUAGGGACGCGAAUCAGACUGACACAGAGAUGGCUAAAAUUGGUGGAUCUGAAGAAUCUAAAAGUACCAUUCGUCAUAAGAAAUCUCUACCUACCAGAAGAAUUUCACGAUGGCCAUUCCUUUCUAUUCGUGGUGCCGGAUAUUCGCCCCUACAAAGCAAAAUAUAUCAAGAACAAUUGUUGGAAAGUCAGGCGUUAAGAAAAAUAGCCGAGCUGGAGUUACGCCGUAAAACUUUGGAAUUGGAAAAAUUUCAAUGGGAAUUUGAAAGAGACAAAGCUCAAAGUGAAAUACGUUGGGCUUAUGAAAUGCGAAUGAUGCAACUACAAGAGGAGCAUGAAAAGAAAAUGUUUGACCAAAACAAAAAUUGAGGAUAAAUACUCUUAUCCAUUAAUAAGAUAAUGCGACUUGUUUUAUCUUUCUCGAUUAUAAAAUAUUCUUACGAAUUGCGAACAUGCAUUCCCUGGUUAUUUAUAGAACUCUUCAAUUAUGACAGUCGACUGCUUUGGAUAUUCUAUAAUAUUAAAGAUAAAAAAAAUUAUAUUACAACUAAAUGAAAUGUUUGUAAAAAAAAAAAAAAAAAAAAAAAAAAAACAAAA